AUGACCUCGGCUUCUAACUCUGGUAAUCGACCGCCGAAACGAAAGCGCGCUGAAGCUGUUUGUUUCUUUUGUCAUUCAAAGAAGAUCAAGUGCGAUUUGCAGAACCGGACGUCGCAAGGGGAGACGAAAUGCUCCAACUGUGUUAAUCAAGAUCAAGAUUGUCAUCUUCGGCCGUCAAGGAGGGGCAAACAACGCCGGCGAGCGUCUACACAGGCUGAAUGUGGGACCGAAUGCGACACCAUUGUAGCCGCAGAAAUCGACUUUGAUGAGAAUGUAAUUGGUCCAGGCAUGGGUGACACGCCAGCGCCUGUGCAUGCUACACCAACUCACGUCGCGUUCAACAUACCUUCGGCUGAGCGCGCUCCAGAUACUGCGGUAAGCCAUCUGACCAAGGCAAGCACAUCUCCAACAGAAGGUGCUGGCUGCAGUCAUGCAGGAGACGUCGAUACGGGCUUCCUUCAGAUCUACGGACCUGAGAAUCAACUUGAAGCAGAGCAGCAAGAACUUGUCGCGAAUCUCGAGCUUCGCAAUCCGGCAUCAGACCCCCGACAACAAGAGUUACAACAGAGCUUUUCAGAAACAUAUUUUGAGUAUUGCUACCCAUGGUGUCCUGUACUCGAUCAUGAAACUCUUGACUCUGAACUUGCGCGGUCGCCUAUGCUUUCGAAUGCACUUGCGCUCGCCGCGAGUCAUAUCCAGCCACCUUUGAUACCUCACCAAGGCCCAGCAUCCUACUACGAAAAAGCAAGGAUGAUGUUUUAUAUGGAUGAAGAGCCGGAUAUACUUACUUCUCUCAAGGCUGUCUCUUUGUUCUACUGGUGGGCACCUCGCUCACCUUCGACAGCACAUCGACAUGCAAGCUGGUGGUGGACCUCUGUCAUAAUACGGCAUGCACAGCAGAUGAACAUCCACCGCGAGCCGAAACAAAGUGGCGUGGCUUCGAGUGCACUCCACCUGAGCUUACGCCGGCGAUUAUGGUGGACUGUAUUUGCACGAGAGAGAUUGACGUCCCUCUGCCAAAGCAAACCCUGCAUCAUUUGCCCCGAAGAUAUGACGAUACAGGAAGUGCAACCCUCAGAUUUCCCAAGCGAUCCGGCAUCACAGAAAAAAGGUCGAAUAUUCAUGUACUGGGUCCGGCUUUGCGCUAUAAUGGGCAAAGUGUCAAAAGCACUAUCGAAGUCAGUGGACUCGUCUUCGGAAAUCCCGACAUUCCCCACGGAGCUUAGGCAAGAGCUUGUCGCAUGGGUUCAGUCGCUACCGCCAGACCUUCAGCUACCGAUAGGCUCCAGUCGAACAGAAGGGUUCGACCGAGAUGUCCAUCAAUUGCAUCUCCCAUACUUGACAACGAUCAUUGUGAUGCACUUGCAGAGAACAACACCAGACUUGCCGCAAGCUCUACCGCCCGCUAUCUUAGCUGCUUCAUGCAUCGCCAGAAUUCUGAGGGAUAUCUUAUCACGUGGUAACGCCCGGUUUCUCAUGGCAAUUACCUGCUGGUAUUGCGGUACAGCCUUUAUAGCGUUAUUACAAGCAAGUCGAAUUAAGCAGUUCUCCCAAGAAGCAGAAGAGGGCUUGGACAUUCUGGACCAAGCAGUCGGACAGCUCCAGCAAAUGUGGGCUUCUGCCAAUGUCAUCAGACAAGGCUUCGAACGAUUGCGCGCGCUACCUCGAAGUAUGAUGCAUACUGGUAAAGGUAGAGCGACAGCGUCCAAUGGCUCCAGCGAUGGGCCAUCGAAUGACUUUGACUGGAAGCUCUUAUUUCCCUUCGUGACUAGGUCCACAAGUCGGAUUGCGGAUUGUCUGCUUGCCGAUGAUGAGUUUGGAACGACGGCAACCGCGCUACCGUCCCCGGAGAAUGCUGUUUUUCACGAAGACCUGCUCAAUCGAUAUCAUGAUCUGCUUGAGCCAUUCGUUGAUUAUAAUUUUGACUUUUCAAAUAUUAAUCUUGAUAUCCUAUAG